AGUGCCUAGGCGGCUGUGCUGGGCUCUCCAAGCUUGAAGCGAAAGAACAGGAGAGAAGAGUACACUCCUUUUCCGCUUGUCAUCGGUGGUCACAGCGCCACCUCAUGACUGACCGGAAGCCUUAAGAAAGGAUUUAUUUAUUAGGGACAAGGAACCGGAGUCCUACCUCUUCCCUGCGCCUUGAAGUCUACUUAUCGAAAAUUAAAACUAUGAGAAAGCGUAAUUUUCAGGUCCUCCUGUGAUCUCCGUUCGUCCCUGUUCCCGGAGGACCUGGACUCUAUGGUCAGUGAGGAAGAGGGGCUCGAUUCUGUUGGCGCUUGCGCGCUGCGAGGUGGUGCCGCAUGCGCGGUGGGACUGAGCGAGGCGCACGCUGAGGGGAUCGGCGGCGGCUGCUCAGGCGGAGCGAGUCUCGUCUCUACACUUACGGAGCGCGGCCCCGGAGCCCACAAUAGGCUUCACACGCAUAUCUCAGGUUACAUUGAUUUGUCAAAAAGAAGAGUUUCUCCAGAAGAAGCAAUCAAAUGUGAAGAUAAAUUCACCAAAUCUAAAACUGUUUACAGCAUUCUUCGUCAUGUUGCUGAGGUGUUAGAGUACACCAAGGAUGAGCAGCUGGAAAGCCUGUUCCAGAGGACUGCUUGGGUCUUUGAUGACAAGUACAAGAGACCCGGAUAUGGUGCCUAUGAUGCAUUUAAGCAUGCAGUCUCAGACCCAUCUAUUUUGGAUAGUUUAGAUUUGAAUGAAGAUGAACGGGAAGUACUCAUUAACAAUAUUAAUAGGCGUUUGACCCCACAGGCUGUCAAAAUUCGAGCAGAUAUUGAAGUGGCUUGUUAUGGUUAUGAAGGCAUCGAUGCCGUAAAAGAAGCCCUGCGAGCAGGUUUGAAUUGUUCUACAGAAACCAUGCCCAUCAAGAUUAAUCUCAUAGCUCCUCCUCGGUAUGUAAUGACUACAACUACCCUGGAGAGGACAGAAGGCCUCUCUGUCCUCAAUCAGGCUAUGGCUGUUAUAAAAGAAAAGAUUGAGGAAAAGAGGGGUGUCUUCAAUGUUCAAAUGGAGCCCAAAGUGGUCACAGAUACAGAUGAAACCGAGCUUGCAAGGCAGCUGGAGAGGCUUGAGAGAGAAAAUGCAGAAGUGGAUGGAGAUGAUGAUGCAGAAGAAAUGGAAGCCAAAGCUGAAGAUUAACUUUUGGGAAACAAAGUCCAAUUUAAGGAUCACAAAACAGCUCUUCCUGGCUAUAAAACCUAGACUUAAAAGUUUUCCAGUAUUGAAAACUUCACAGCUGAAUAUUUUUUAUUUCCAAGUAUUUAAAUGUUCUAACAGACCAAAACGUGAAAUGUCCUAAAAUGCCGUCUGUUUUCACACAGUAGCUCCAUCACAUUGAGCAUUUUUUAAGGGCGUGACCCAAUUUCACUAGAGACAGAUCUCUAAGCUAAGAACAGUCAAAAUUGGGUUUUCCAUUUCUGAUGUCCCUAGAUUGACACCUGUUUGUAGUUCAGUGCCUCUGUGUAAUUUAUCAGGGGUACCCAAAGCAAAUGGUCCCAACCUUUCUAUAUAAAUGUAUCAAGCAAACAUAAAUAAAUUUCUGGGAUAUUUAACUAUAGGCUUCUUCCUUCUUGUCACCAGUUAAAACCAUUAUGAUUACUAAGACCCUAAUUCUAUUCAUUUUAGUCUAGAUGUAGAAAUAUAAGGGCAGGUGUUCAAAGGAUCUAUACAACAAGGAGGGCUUAGAGAAAAUAAUUUGAACCACAGUGAAAGUUAAUUCUUAAGGGGGAAAGCCUUAAAAUGCAAUUAAAGGAUUACAUUGGUUGUGUGCCUUUUACGUCUUUGAGACUGAUGAAAUAUAUGUGGGAGAAUUUCACACUGGUCCUGGUUGGUGUACUAAGCUGUGUGCCUGAGUUUGUAAUUCAAAGUGGUAUGGUUGGUUUUAUUUUGUUUGUUUUUUAAGAUGCUGCUGCUUUAGUUAUUUUGAGUCUCAUCGCCCAACUUGAGAUUUUUUCCCCUCAUUAAAAUAUUCACUAGGUGUCA